AUGCCGCCGAAUAAAGGCGCCACUGGGCGCAAAACUGAUGCCAUUCAUUUCGUCAACGCAAGGCCCUCGUCGGAAAGUGAGAAAGUAUAUAUACAGCGUCUUGUCCGCGCUCAUGUAGGGAAGUGGAUCUCCGACCAGACCAAGGACCGGUCAGAUCCGUCGGACAGCUCAUUGUGUGAAAAUCACGAGAAGGCUGUCAUUUCCCCGGGGCAUCCCGUCGAACUUGACGCAGAGGAAGCGCUAUUUCCGUCAUCGCCCCCAUCUCUAGGCUCUCCUCACUCACCGGAAUCCAACACUUCCAAUAGCACUUCAGUCAUCCGGUUCUCCUCACGCAGUACCUGGGAGAGCCAGCAGACUUCUUCUGUGACGCAUCCUUGCCCCAUACAUAGUGGCAACAGCGGCCUUUUCAAACUCGACAGCAGUUACACCGAAAGUCAGUUUGUAGCAUCGUCAAUGAACGAUAGUCCAAGCCCGCCACCGCCCGGAGAAUCUAUCGAAACUUUUGGUGCCAGCAUGCUGGACCCCUUCCUCACAUACCCAUCCCAAUAUGCACCCGAUCUUGUUCAUGCACGCGAGAAUUAUUGUCUGACAAUCUUGUGGCCUGGUCUGACACCCGAUUCUGAAGAUGGGUCUGUCAUGGCAAGUUCGAGCUGGUUCCCUCUUUCCUUGUCGGAACCCACCCUGUUUACAGCCUUCUUGUUUGGGUCUCUUUCCCAUCAACGAGUGCAGUGGUUAAACCGCUGGAUCCCUGAAGGUUCGUUUCGAGCACGAGACCAGCAGCUUCUUGAACUCUGUCAAUUCGAGACCAUCAAGAUGAUAAACAGGGAAGUCCGCAAUCCAAAUCGGGCUGUCUGUGAUGCUGUUAUUUUAAGCGUCGUAUGCCUGGCACACAGUAUAGCGGAUGACAGUGAUGAGCAGCGACUUCGAAAGACUCCAUUUAACGCACCAUUGCGACGAUUACAAUGGCUUGAUGUUUACGGGUCUCUUCCGCCUAAUCUGAUUCACGUGCAAGGUCUGGUCCAAAUGGUCAGGUUACGAGGUGGUUUGGAAAAUAUCAAACUCCCAGGAUUGGCCCCAAUAUUGUCAUUCUCGGAUCUUGUAACCGGAAGCACUUAUCUUCUUCCCCCAACUUUUUCUUAUAUCCCCCUUGGUGGCCACCGGAAAAAUAUGUCGCUGCAAACUUUACUUGGUUAUCACCCUGAAGAUGCGGAACGUCAUUUGGGCCACCUACGUCAGAUCGGCUGGACUCAAGAAUUAGCGAACGUUAUAUAUUCUAUGCGCGUGUACAUGAACAUUGUCGACGAUCUACAAAGGAGCUCGGGAAAGCCUGACUACGCAUUGCUCGCGGACCAGCGUAAUUUGGUCCAUUAUUCUCUUAUGUCUCUUCCAACAGCAAGCCAACUCGAAGGUUUCUCGUCUUACGAAGACCCCGAUAUUAUUUACGAAGCGUGCCGUCUUGCCGGAUUUAUAUAUAGCGUGGGAGUGGUUUUCCCUAUGCCAGCACAGAGUUCUCCACUAGCCCAGCUAGCUUCGCUGCUCAAGGGAGUUAUCGAAAUGUCGAAUUUAAGGACCACAUGGGCCCAUCACCAUGCUCAGGUGGUGCUAUUAUGGGUAUUGACACUUGGUGGUAUCGCCGCUGAACAGCGUCCUGAAAGGCAGUGGUUUACGACCAUGCUCGGAAAAACUGCGCAAUAUUGUCACCUCACUGGUUGGGCUGAACUUAGAGCUAUGCUGAGGUUAGUCGUCUGGUACGACCCGGCCUGUGAUCAGCCUGGUCAGAAUCUGUGGCUCGAUGUGGAGAGGUUGUUCGCGUCAUUAUAA